AUGUACGGAUUCGAGGCUAUGACCUUCAACAUUCAUGGGGGUUACCUCGAGGCCAUUGUUCGGGGGCAUCGCUCGAGCCUCCUCACCGCCGCGGAUUACAACAAUUUAUGCCAGUGCGAGUCCCUGGACGACAUAAAGAUGCAUCUCUCCGCCACCGAGUACGGCCCUUACCUCCAGAACGGUGAGUUCCUGUGUAGCCAAUGUUUCUCUGGAACCCCUAUUUGAUAGCGUAUCUGAUUGAAGUUUUUGUUUUGAAUCGAUAUUUCUAAAUUAUUGUACUUAAAAUCUCUCUCUAAAUAACUCGAUUGAUCAUAGAUUUGUUGUAAAUCUCCGACAUCUCCAUCAGGCCAGAAACAUACAGUUGUUAAGAUAAUUGAUUGAUUAUGCGGAUUUUUUUUAUUUCAUUUGAACAUACGUUUAGAACUCGAUGCAUCUCAAAUAACAGGCUGCAUUCAAGCUCAGAAAUGAAAUUUUCAGGCAGUAUUUUUCUUUUGCCAUGUCCUAUGGGAUCUGCAUUUUCUAUUUAAUAUACUUACUGUCGCGGUUGAUAAUUAGAGAUCACGAGGGAUAGUAAAAAUAUGACCCCAUAAAUAUUACAAUUAAUUGCAUUCACUCUAUAUCGGUGAUUCGUAUCAUUGCGUUGUUGGAAUAGUUGUGGCUGAAAUAUGAGGCAUUAAUGUUAAGGCUAUUAUAUAUUCAUUUUCGCUUCCUGGCGAAAAUCAAUUCUUGAAGUGAUCCUCCUUUUUAGACAGUGUUGGAACAUUCUUUUCCGGAAGAAGGUUCAUUACAAAAAAAUUGACUAGUAUGGAAACGAUCUUUUCAAAGUUUUGAGUGGUAUUUUAUUUUUUAAAAUGACCUUUGCAAAGUUUUCGGGAUCAUUUUACCUUUUUGAAUGAGGCUUCUCGAUUACUUUAUCCUUAAAAAAAAGAAUUAAAUUAGAUUGGAAAAGAGUCCCCCAUAAUGGAAGCAAACUGAAAUAGUUUUUCCUUUUUCGCAGUUCUCACAAAUUGUUGUCUGUCGGUUUUUACUAUGUCAUGCCAAUAUUAACCUCUGCAUCCAUCUGACAGUUAGUAUGAUAAAAAAAAUAGAACCACUUUCACCCAUCCGUCAAAAUGCUUACAGAUCCUGAGUAACAGCCUGAGGAAAAACUGGAGAAGAAUCAUGAUUACACAUCACUUUCAACUCUUUGACUAUGUUCUUCCAUCCUAAAGAAUGAAUCUUGUGCACAUGCAAUAUUGCGAGAAAAGUUUCACAUGUAUUUCCUCUUUAUGAAUAAACGCUACCAUUCUAUAUCAUGUUUCAUUUUUCGUAAAUCUUUGGUUGAUGCUCUCUAACUUGCAAAAUGUUGUAUAAUUUUCAUCUCGUAUAAUUGAAUAGAAUCCAUGCCUCUAUCCCUCUCCUCUAAUUGUGACAUGCAAGCCAGUUUGAUGUUUACUUUCUUAGAUUUGGGAACUGGGUGUUAUUAUGUUGCUCUAAUAACCAUUAGUGUGGGACUUGGUUGUUCCCCUGCUUGCUUUCUUCUAUCAAGUAAAUGGGCUCCAUAGUUAGCUUUUUGUAAUAAACCACCAAUCUGUUACUGGUAUGAUCCUCCCAUCUUGCAUUAGCUUUUAAUUUAUUAUUUUUAACAGAUUUUCAAUGAAAUCAUAUCAAUGCUGAGUGUCACGAGAUAGUCAUCAGUUUGCUACUUUGGAAAAGAAUCCUCUAUUGAUCAAUCGGCACUUUUCUCUUUUUUAUGUUGGGUUUUAAAAUGAUAUUUGAACAUUUAGCUUGUAAAUAUUUCAGAGCCUUCACCUUUGCAUACGACUACAAUCGUGGAAAAAUGCACUCUUAAGCUGGUCGAUGAGUAUAAGCACAUGCUGUGUCAAGCUACAGAGCCUCUGUCAACCUUUCUAGAGUACAUAACGUAUGUGAUCCUUCUGGUUCUUUGAGUCAUAUAUUCUGGAGAUUGAAAAGGUGCGUCAUAAACCAUCUGACUAAGGUGAUUCAAAAUAUCUUUUCCAGGUAUGGCCACAUGAUUGACAAUGUUGUCCUUAUUGUCACCGGCACAUUGCAUGAGAGAGAUGUCCAUGAGCUGUUAGACAAAUGCCAUCCUUUGGGCAUGUUUGAUAGGUACUUUUCUCAUGUCCUUCUCCCUAUUUUCCCAAUUUUCUUUCACAACUUUUUUUUAAGGCAAUCUUUUAUUUUCUUCAUCAGUAUCGCUACUCUUGCCGUCGCAACAAACAUGCGUGAGCUCUACCGAUUGGUGCUUGUGGAUACACCAUUAGCUCCCUACUUCUCUGAAUGCAUCACCUCGGAGGUAAUAGCUCUCUAGCAUUAGUAUCACCAUACCAUAUUUUUUCAAAUUAUUUUUCUAACAUGCUGGUCAUGGACUGUCAAUAGGAUCUGGACGACAUGAACAUUGAAAUUAUGAGAAACACUCUUUAUAAGGCAUACCUUGAGGACUUCAACAGAUUCUGUCAGGUAAAGCCUGCCGAGUACCGCACUCAAGUAGUGACAUGUGGUUGGACGGAUAUGUUUGUGAUUCUUUAUUACAUGAUCCAUUAUUUACUCUUCAGCUUUUUAAUGCAGACACUAGGUGGAGCCACUGCUGAGAUAAUGUCUGACCUCCUUGCCUUCGAGGCUGAUAGAAGAGCUGUUAAUAUUACAAUAAACAGGUGACGUCCUUCGAGAAGAAAAAAGAUCUUAGACUGCUCCUUUUUCCAAAUAUAUCCAGCCAUCUUCUUUGAUCUGAAUUAUCACUCAAUUUUCAGUGAGGGUACAUCUGAAAUGUGAUCGUUUGUCAUUAAUUUUGCAGUAUUGGGACCGAGUUGACAAGAGAUGACCGUCGAAAGCUCUAUUCUAAUUUUGGUUUACUGUAAGGAUUAUCGUUAAUCUUUAUGUUUUUUAUCAUAUUUACCAUUCGGCCUUUGAUCAUGAUCAAUUAUUUUUUACUCUGUUUCCUUGCACAUAUCUGCCCGAUAAUAGAUCAUAAUUUUCCCCUGUAGUUAUCCUUAUGGUCACGAGGAACUUGCUAUUUGUGAGGACAUUGAGCAGGUAAUCCUUGAACAAGAUACUUUAAUAUCAGAUAUUGCCUCAGUAACUUGGAAUUCUGAAAUCAACAUACAUUGUUGCCGAUUAUCAUUUGCCCUUGUAUGAUGCUUCCUGAUGGUUUUAUCCUGUGAGCAGUUCCUUUCGAAAGCAGAGUGUUUUACCGAAUUUGGGUCGUCUUUCUCUGGAUGAGGGCUUAUGUUAUAUGUAUUUAUAUACAUUUAUGCGCAUCCGUAUUACGUAAGUUGGAGAGAUAAAGAUAUGGCUGUAUUGACGUGGAUUUCUCUUUUGGUAUCGCUUGUAGGUGAGGGGUGUAAUGGAGAAGUAUCCCCCUUACCAGUCGAUCUUCGCCAAAGUGUCAUAUGGAGAGAGCCAGUUGCUGGACAAUGCCUUCUAUGUUGAAGAGGUCAAGAGGCUCUGCUUGGCGUUUGAACAGCAGGUAACUCAGCUCUCAAUAAUACUCCCGAAAGCUGCAAAAUAGCCCAUUCCGAGAUCAGCUGUCCUUUAAAACCAUUAGACCUCGAUGGAUUCCAUGCCUGGCCUUACCCUUUAUCUCAGAGAGAGAGAGAGGGAGAGAGAGAGGGGGAGAGAGAGGGAGGGAGGGAGGGAGAGAGACGGAGAGAGAGAGAGAGAGAGAGAGAGAAGCAGGAUCCUAUCAUAGCAUGAAGCUGGUUCGAACUGGAUCUGGGUUGGGUCGAUUUCCCUCUCUAGAAAUACUUUGGUUUCGAGGCCCAAGACCGGAUUAGAGACAAGGAUCGGUGGGGUUCCAUUGACUCGCCCCCCCCCCCUCUUUUCAUCUCUCUCUCUCUCUCUAAAACUCUCUCCUUGUGCAGUUUCAUUAUGCAGUGUUCUUCGCCUACAUUCGACUGAGAGAGCAGGAGAUCCGAAAUCUCAUGUGGAUAUCAGAGUGCGUGGCGCAGAACCAGAAGUCCAGGGUCCACGACAGCGUUGUGUUCAUAUUCUAG